ACCGAGCGAGCCAAAAUGGCGGCCACCAAAACCUCUGUCCCUGCGAACAAUCCACCUUUCGACGUUCCCGGCUGGGCAGGAAAACCACCACAGGGACUUCAUCUAGAUGUUAUGAAACAGACGAAUUUAGUGGAGAAACUGAUUAUUGAUCAGAAGCCAUACUACUUAUUUGGAAGAAACAAAGAGGCUUGUGAUUUUAAUUUGGAACAUACAUCAUGUUCCCGAGUCCACGCAGCUCUGGUCUUUCACAAACACCUGAAUAGAUCAUUUUUGAUUGAUCUUAAAAGCACACACGGUACUUUUAUUGGCACAAUACGUUUGGAGCCUCAAAAACCAACACAAGUUCAGGUAGAUAGUGUGAUAAGGUUUGGUGCAUCUUCAAGAAGCUAUGUUCUACGAGAAAAGCCAGCAAUUCCAAAUACUGGACUUAAACAAGCAGAUGAUUCAGGAAAAAUGGAGGAUGAUAAUGAAGAAAGUUCAAAAGGAGGAUUACUGGGACUUCCUGAAUCAGACACAGAAUUAGAUGACUUAACAGAGUUUAACACAGCACAUAACAAAAGGAUUUCAUCUCUUGGCAUAGAGGAAGGAAGUACAAAGUUAACAGGUGUCACGUCCUUAAAACGGAAACGGAGGUCCUCAUUAUCUGUCCAGUUUAGAGAAGGAGAAGAAAUUAUUAAUCCAGAGGAUAUUGAUCCCACAGUGGGAAAGUUCAGAAAUAUGGUUCAAACAUCUAUUGUUAUUCCAAACAAGAAAAUGCGAGGACCAGUUUCACCAGUUGGAAGCCUUACAGAGAAUAUUACGCGCCGCCUCCAAAGCUUUCCUUACUCUCAGGGUCUCUACUCCAAUCUCCCUGGCACAGGAGGUGUACCAGAACCCACCAGCCCUACCUCACCCACUGCACAACAUAAACCUCGAAUGUCUAUCACAUCAGCCCCUGAUGUAUCCUCACCAGAGCUGGCUGAGGUCCCUGUCCAUCAUGCUCCAGAGCCCAUCCCUACUGGGCCUGUUGUGCAAAAUGCAACAAUGAUAAUUGCAGAAGCCCCUAAAAAGAAGAAGUAUGCUAAGGAAGCUUGGCCUGGAAAGAAACCAACGCCUUCUUUGCUCAUUUAGCAACUAUUUAUAAGAAGACUUUUUAGCUUAUUUCAAGAUUCAAAAUGGUUGAGUCUAGAGUUCAUGUUUCAUGCCAAGAAAUCUUUAGUUUUAAACUUAGUGGAACAUAGCUGUACUGUAUCAUGGGCCAUGUCAUGGCUUAUGUCAAGCAAGAUACAGAGACUAAAAGCACAGAUUAAAGAGACUCCUGGAUGCAUUUUACAUUCUCUCUUUGGCAACAUGAGAUAGGAACUACGAACACAAAAUACUAGUGAGAGCUACAGAGUGUUUGGCAUAAACACUUCAGCAGUAGAACAGUUACUGUUCAUGGUGUGACAUUUGGUUUGUGCAUAAGGAAAGUCUGGUUUACCAAAAAUUUCCUGGUUGGCCCCCAGAAGGAGUUGGUAUUCAUCAUUGUCACAAUUAUUUCCCCAUCUGGAACUGUGUACAAGAACUAAAAAAAAAUUAGGGAUGUACAAAAAUAUUAUAACAUUUUAUUUUUAGCAGAUUAUUAACUGAAGACUUAGAAAUGGUUUUUGCCGUAGGAACUUUUUGAAUUUUACGUGCAAAUAAAUUGGCCUGAGACAUUUACAAAGUGAGCAACUCACAGUGUUAUACACUCUAUGGAGCUUUGUUUGGCAGAGGUUUGUUUUGUUCCCCUUCCCCUCCUGGCCCUGAAGUUCAAAGCUGAGAAGUCGAGGUGAGAAUCCAAUUUGGAUUGGACAUGGAUGGACUAAACAACAAGGCUUCUUCAUAACUCUUUUUAUUUCAUUAACAAUUAGUUGAAAUAAAGUAAUCCUUCAGUUUCCAA